CUUAGUUGACACUUUAACAAAUCAGCAACCUAUUUCACAACAAAUACUCUCAAUUGAAGCAAGGCGCCUAAAGUCCCAAUCUUAGGAGCCAUCUCAAUUUCCCUUAGCAUAUAGUAAACCCCGCUAGAACUCCGUCUGCAACGACUCCGCCACGGCACAACCAUCACCAUCCGCCGAGAGCCCAGGUUGGACCCAAUCAACAGACGCAUUCUUCUUUUCUCCCUCAACUUCGAGUCCACGUCGCACUCAGCCUCUGCCCUCCACUUUCUCUCUCAUCACUCUGAUCAUAUUAGGGCAAAGAAGGAAGUGUCAAGAGUGGUACUGGGUAGUGAGAGUUUGAUCAGUGGUAGAUAUGGCAAUCUCAACAAACAGAUUGGGAAGGAGAUGGGUGACCCAGACUCGUAGGACUGUUGGGCUUGGUGAUGGAUUUCGGUUUUCUUCCAAGAGACUCUUCCGCUCUAUUAUCAUUACCCUUGCCUUCAUUGCUAUCUUCCCUCCCAUCUUCUUCCAUUUCAGGCUUCGCAGCCUUCAUCAGCUCCAAUUAAGAAAAUGCAGUUGGCUUAAUAAUCCUCCGUUAGUGUGUGCCCAUGGUGGUGACUCAACAAAGGCCUUUCCCAACACUAUAGCUGCAUAUCACUCUGCUCUUGCUUCUCAAGUAGACUGCAUCGAGAUUGAUGUUUCGCGUUCUUUAGAUGGAGUUUUGUUCGCUCUCCAUGACAGAGAUUUGCAGAAGAUAUCCGGAAACAUCACUCUUAAGGUUGGAAACUUAAGAAUGAAAGAGAUAAAAGAACUAGGCUCUGUUCAUCAUCCUGGCCAGAUGUCUACUUCAGGAAUUGUUCCUACCAUUGAGGAUGCUUUGAGGUUGGUAUCAAGUUCAGUCCGGCAGGUGAUCCUAGAUGCAAAAGUUGGGCCUCCUUCAUAUGAAAAAGGGCUGGCAAAAGAUAUUCUUUCUGUUGUUGGGAGGACAAGGUGUAAAAAUUGUGUUGUAUGGGCUAAAAGUGACAAACUAGCAAGAGAUGUUAUCCAACAGUCACCAGAUACUAUGGUAGGCUACAUUGUGAUGAUUGAACCAUCUACUGGACUUAGAACCAAUUUGUUGAGGAUGAAAGAUGCUGAUGUUGUGGGUGUGUAUCACCCAUUGAUUGAUAAAAAGCUUGUCAGAAUUGUGCACGGGAGAAAUAAGAAGGUGUAUGCGUGGACGGUUGAUGAUGUAAGUUCCAUGCAAAAAAUGUUAUUUGAACGUGUGGACGCCAUUGUUACGAGCAACCCAACUCUGCUUCAACGUCAGAUGCAAGAUAUCAGAACAGAAUGCCUCCAGGAAGGUUUUUCACUCUCACUAUGAUCAUUUCUUUCCACCAUUGCUUACCCAAAUAUAUAGGAAAAAGGGAAAGGAAUAAUGUAUCCAUCCACCCAAGCUUGUCACUUUUAUUUAUUUUUUUAUAUUAUUAAAUAAAACAAUUUAUGUAUUUCUUCUAACGAACUAUAUUAUAACUAUUUAUUCCAAUUAAAAAAAACGAUAUUAUGAAUUCAAGUUAGAAACUUGGGUUCAAUAGUUGAAUUAACAAGUAAAAUGACUAAUUAUGCUUAA